AUGAUUCUCCAUAUAAAAUUUACACAGGAGGAGUCUGACUCUGAGGCUGAUUAUCGUCAACGUCCAUCGUCUCCUUCUCACUCGUGGUCACCUGAAAGCUUCUACCGACACCAUAAUGAGCGACAUAUUGAGCGAGACAUUAAGCGAGAUGGUGUACAUGACACUGGCGAUGACAUUCGCGUCGUAACAUUUGAGGACGAUUCGCCAUGGGUGCCGCCGGUACCUCGUCAGGACACUGACCUUGUCUCCGACACCGAUUCUUUUGAAAGCGUCACGUCAAUGAGCGACCAAGAUUCGCCUACAGAACAAGUAGACCCACCGGAGCCGCCUCGUGAGGUGAUUGCUCCGAUGGAUGUUGAUGGCAACCAGCUAUCCUUUCGAGUCGACACAAGGCAUGUACAAAACCUAAUUGGAUUCGGCCAGGGCCUCCAGGAUCAAAAAAACGACAUGCAAACUCACCCAAAAAGAAAAGAUAUUGACAACUAUCGCGUCGAGACGUUUCGAAUCACUAAAACCAUGAUCAAAGAGACUCAAGGACAGGGCCAGCUUCAGGUCUACGUUCUACCAGGGCCGGAAAAUCCCCACUUGCAAGAUGCAGUAUCAUUUACAUGGAGUCAUAUUUCGGCCACUCAGCUUGAUUUUGCUAGUUUCAGGGAUGUCUGCCUGACCGUACCACAUGCCAGUGAUCGGCUACGCAAACUCACUUCAGAGAUGUUUACCAAGAUGUACACGGAAAAGGUCAAGCCUUUCGACGGUGGCAUGUUCAUCGAGCCCGGGACGGUUUUGCGAGCUGAUGAAUCAGAUCAGCCAGAUCCACAGUCUGUCAUCUUCGCCUGCGUCCCAUACUUUGCCCUGAACACUCAAGCCAAGAAGCCUCCCCGUGCCGAGAAUGAGCUAUUUCCACAACGAACUUUGAUGCAAACAUUCUAUCCCUACGAGCCAGUACGCGAUCGAGAUGAGGAACAGUCAUAUCGGAGAUUUGACGACGCACGCUCCGAGAACAUCAUCCACGUACCGAAUAUCUGGUUUAUGAUCAUGGGAUCGAGUCAUGUUGUAUCGUGUAGCCAUGUGCCACUCUCCAAGGAGAUGACAAAUUUAGUAGCUAUCAUCCAGGAGAAUGUCAAAAACCUUGGUGUUCAGCCUGCUGCAGACAACGAUUUGACAAUGAUCAAAUUUUCGGAUUGGGGAGAACGUGAUUUCGUGUUCCCCCUUAGCACUUGCAGAUCUUACUUUCAGAUGGAGGCAAAGGUUCGCAUGAUUGGAUACAUGUUCAACAAUAAGAGUUUGGAUGCCGAGAUCCAUUUGCAGCAAAGAUCCCGAGAGAGCAGCUGCAGUCUCCUACCGAACAUGUGGAGGGAUAUCACCGUGCGGAAUGAUCUCCUUUCAAUCAAUCUGGUAGUAGCGGGCGACAAAGAAACAGGUCAAGCUGACAAGGAUCCAACCGCUACAUACAGCGCCUACAACAGCGACAAAAGCAGAACCGUGUCAGUAACCCCUUUUUUCCAUUGGCCACAACAUGGUGCUAGUAAAGCAGUCAAAAACGACAAAGACGCAACGUCAGUGGAUGGUUCCAGUGCACAGCAGCCUUCUCGUUGCCUGGAGCAGGUUGGAAAGGCUCUGAUGACUAAGAUUCUGGAAGGAGCCACUACAAACACUGUCGAUGAAACAUUUACCUCGACCAGUUACUAUGAAUCACUGCCCAAGGCAACCUACGCAGAUGCUUGUGCUGACUUUGCCAAUCUUAAACGUCGAUGCGAUGCAGUUGAGAAAAGUUUGUCCAAUUCUACCUUCCAUCAGAACACGAUCAACGGCCAGCGAACUAGCCUUGUGGACAGAUCGACGGAAUUCUUCACUCUCUCUUGCAUCAUCACCAAGCUCUUCCUCAGCGACACGGAUGAGAGCAGCGUGAUGAGCAAGCUGUGGGGUGUUAUGGUCAAAAUCCAGCAGCACGUGGCCAAACUCGAGAAGUAUAACCCUUGUAGUGGGGAAAGUGGCAAAGACGCAGUUCCUUCAGAGGACGAUGUGCACACAACUGGCAACUCUUGGCUGAUCCGUCCCAUAGCGAAGCCUAGUCUAGUGUCUUUUCCAGAAAGCCGUCCAGAAUUGUCCAAGUCAAUCGCAGCGUGUAAGACAUGUAGAAGGUUACACACGUUUCGUAGCCAAGAAGAUGCGCUUAGACAUCUGCAGCGCCACACCAACCGUGAAAGUGAGCCUGGGAAGCGACAGAAGACUACUGAGCCGGGUGGCUUACCAGAUGAACAAAUCCCAGCCGAGGAUGUCCUUAUAGAUCCGCAAGCAAAGGACUGGAUCAUGGCAUCGGCAGAAUUUUGGCAUGAACAGACCAAUGCGGGAGCACUGGCAAUACUCACAAAGGCAUGCACUCUGGCAAAGAACAUAAUUGAGCAAGCUCAACAACUCAUGGACGGAGUCCAAAACGAAGAUGGCCAGAUGUCUGAAUUGUACUCUCUGCCCAAGGAGCUCCCUGAAGCAUUCCGCCGCAUCAUUGUCUUCUUCAUGGCGACCGAGCGAGCUUUGGACGAUGUCGACAAGGCCCAUGGACAUGAAUAUCGAUUCAAAGAUUUGUAUGAGCGUAGCAUUCUACCAUAUUCAGACAAAGGCCUCGAUGUCUUGGAAAGAUUUGAGGCAGGUGCAAUGCAGUCGCUGAGAGUUGCACGUGCACGUUUGUGCGAAAUGGCUUCUUCCCCCUCGCCAUGGCGUGUGAUGGAGCACCUUUCUCGGGGACCUCAGUAUGUCUGCGGCGAGCUGAUGAGGAGACUGUUCCUGAAGCCGCUUGAGAAGCAUCAAACGGUGGGCGAUUUGUAUCGGGAGUACAUAUCGAGGCUCCAAUUCCAAGUCAACCAUCACCCGAGUAAACGACUCCUUCGGGACCUCAAUCUUCUACAAGAAGAACUCCAGAUCCUUACGUCGAUAACCAUACAGCAGGUAAAUCUUAUCAAGAACUACAUGCGUGUUCUCUACGACGAAACGUAUGAGAAGCCAACACCAUCCCGACAAAGCAUGUUUGUGGACGAGCAGAGUCUGUUCCGAGGUUGCCUUAGCAGUCUCAAUCUUGUCCUGGAAGAUUACGAGGACCUCAUUCGACGCUGUAGUCCCCUGGCCAAUCGUACAAAGCAGAGUCUCGAGAUUAAUGAUGAAGAUCACGGCAAAGCCAUCAUGGCUUUCACGGUGGUGACUGUCAUCUUUCUGCCGCUGUCGUUUGCGACGAGCUAUUUUGGGAUGAACACUGUGGAUAUCCGUGACAUGAACCAGAAGCAAGGGCUUUUCUGGAUUGUGGCCAUACCGCUGACUGUUGUGACGGUGGGGGCUUGUCUACUCAUUGGAUACAACGGCGAUCAGCUUCGUGACAUGAUUUCAUGGCUAUAUCGCAGGGCAAUGGGCAAGGAAGAAACUGGUACUGGAGGCGGAGGCAUAAGCGUUCCACGGCGGAAACGUCCACUCCAUCCACUCGGAAAUUCAAGCAGUACACUUCAGUACUCGAGCGUCGUUGAUGAGGCCACAUUUGCUAUUCGCCAGCCAACUCUGGAGUGGGGCGGUGUAGCACACUCGGGUCCGACUUGGGUAGACGAUGACGAAGACGAUGCCUGGUACAGAAAACGGUAUAAUGCACCUGUGACCAAAACAAGACUCAACUCUCGCCCGGUAGCUCGAAUGCAAUCUUAUGCCGAACCGAUCUCUAUGGCCCCGGAGCCUUCGUACAGAAUACAUCCCAUUUCGUACAAACAGAGUAUACACCAUGGCAACGAGUAUGUUGCAGCACCCCGAAACAGGACUUACGAUUCGUAUACCGAAGCAAUGGGGCGUGUUCGCUACGACUAUGACGAAGAGAGUUUCUACAAGGGAGGUGAGCGAUAUGGCUUACCACCGCGCCAAACAUUCCGAGCAGAAGUGCCGAUGCGCAGACCGGCAGUCAGGAUAUAUGAGACUGAGGCGCUGAAAGAUGAUGAAAUGGGCGGAUACACGUGGGAAAAGAAGAAGUCGCAUAGAAGUCAUAAUGAUAACAGACGCAUGCGUAGCGACCGAGGUUUUGAGACGAGAGAUGAGAGUUGGUACCGGUAG